AUGAAGGCACAGGCAGUGUGUGCCGUCUGUCUUCGUCAGCCUUGUAACAUCUCUAAGCGGAUCUCAGGAUUGUCCUCCAUAGGCUCAAAUAUUACCUGGCCCAACCAAGUGAGCAAAUACUCACUUGGAAGACUUGAUAAAGAUAUAAUUGUCCCUUGCUUGUUUGAAAAUGGACCCAAAGUCGUAAUUCACUGGAGGAAUCAAGAUAAUGUUUACACAUACUACAAAGACAGUGACCAUUUGUAGAAGCAAGAUCCCAGAUACUGCAAACAGUGCAUGCUCUUCCACCAUGAAAUUCACAGUGGGAAUGCCACCCUACCUUUCAGAAGACUAAGCCUUCUAGAUGAAGGAACUGAUAUGUGCUAUGUGGGAACAGCAGCUAGAAUGAAGUAUGAAGAGAGGGACGCAAACAGCUCCUUCAUAUGUGGCACGUUAAGUGUUUAUCUUCAUCCAGUUAUCACACAGAAAGUGGACAAUACACCUAUCUCUGCCAGCACUCUGGAAGAAAUUGAAUCUUUCGAUCCUUUAUCUAAUGGUAGAGUAAAUAUCACAGGAUCCAAUUUAUCUUAUAAAUGUGCCAUUGAAAAUCCAAUGCCGAAGCAAACAUGGAUGGGGAGAUGGACAAUGAAAAAUAGGGCUGUCUGUGUGUAUGUGCUAGUUUCAUGGAAUGAAGAGCUAAUAAACCAGAGUGAUUUUCUUUUUCUUUUUGCUUUGAGGAAUCUUAGUCCCUUAGACAGUGAGGAAUAUUUAUGCAAUAUUUCUUCAAGCAAAUACACUGUGCUCACCUUUCAAACACUGCAUAUAGAGAAGCUGGAGCCCAUUGCCAUGGAGUCGCACGCACGCCUGGCCAAGACUGGGGCUGAUGAGGGAGGCUGUUGGGCACUGGGAGGGCUGUGGGUCCAGGAUCUGCUGCCGAUCUCCGAUCUCCGGCAGCUCACCAGCUCUGGCCUGGGCUAA